AUGUUCUGUGGGUGUGAAAUUCGCCAGAAGGAGGACGGAUCAAUUGAGCUGAACCAAGAAAGGUAUGCUGAAGGGAUCAAUGAGAUUCCCCUAAGUAAAGUCCGGAAGGAACAGCCCGAAUUGGAGGUAACCGAAGAUGAACGCAAACAGUUUCGAGCAGCUCUGGGAGCACUCUCCUGGAGAGCCACGCAAUCGGCUCCAUGGCUAGCCGCCAGCGUAUCCUAUCUGCAAGGAUGUCACAAAGCCGCCAAGGUGGGAGAUCUCAUUCAAGCCAACAAGCUGAUCCGAAUGCAACGGAUUUAUAGUCAACAAACACUGUAUUUUCCGUCCGAGAUUUCCGAACCGGUUUUGCUUACGUAUCAUGAUGCUUCGUACGCUUGUCGUCGUGAUGGAUCAUCCCAGGGUGGCGUCUUCACUAUGCUGGUUGACAAGUGUGUUCUUGCAGGGAAGGUAGGUAAGUACUCUCCUCUAGGCUGGCAGUCCCGAAAGCUCCCCAGAAUCUGUAGGAGUUCUACUGCGGCUGAAAUUCAAACAGGUAGCCAUGCCAUGGAUACUCAUGAGUUCACCAAACAACUUCUCCUAGAGUGGUACAAUCAGCAGGUGAUUGACUAUAAAGACAUGGACAAGGCACUCCGUCGUUUCCAGUCCGUCGUGGUUACUGACAGUAAAAACCUGUAUGAUUCUGUGCAUAGGAUUGAAACCAGUGGUCUUCAACUGGAAGAACGACGAUUAGCCCUGGAGGUUUUGUCCAUACGCGAGCGCAUCAAGUCUGCUGGGAUGCAUUUCAAAUGGGUCGAUUCAGAUCAACAGCUUGCUGAUAACCUGUCCAAGCCUUUCUCUUUUCAGACUCUCCUUACUGCCAUUCAUAAAGGGGAACUUUGUUUACAGUUUGAUUCGCAGUUUGUGUCUGCGAAGAAGAAGCGGGCCUGGAAGAACAAGACGAGAUCUAAAGUAGACUCCGACUCUGACGACGAGAUGGGGCGCGGCUGCCUCCACGCGGACUUCGCAAACAUGUACCUCGGCGGCGGUGUGCUGGUGGGUGGCUGCGUGCAGGAGGAGAUCCGCUUCUCCAUCUGCCCUGAACUUUGUGCUGCCAUGCUGGUGUGCCCCUUCAUGCUGGACCACGAGGCCAUCUUCAUUGUGGGUGGCGAGCAGUUCUCCGCUUACUCCGGCUACGGGCGCUCGCUGCAGUACGCGGGGGACUUCCGCGACCCCACGCCCAAAGACGAGGAUGGCACGGUGAUGGUGGCGAUCACUGCCAUGGAUGCCCUGGACUUCCGCGGUCAGGCCGUGGACCAGUCCAGCCGCCACGUGGAUUUCUCCUUGGAUGAGGCGAGACUUUUGAAGAAACUUGGCUCGUUUUGCGAUGCCGGGAAAAACUGUGAUGUCGUGGACCGCCGUGCAGCGGAGGCCGUGUAUGUCACGGGAGCGACAACGGAUAUUGAUGUGGCUCUGGAGGAGGUGCCGACCAUCCAGGAGAUCAUCACGCAGCAGGCCGGGGACGAGUGGGAUGAUUCUGGGCAGUCCACUCAGCCUGCGUUCAUCGCUCGCGCGGAUCGUUCCCCCAUUUCCAGGCCCUGGUCGAUCCGACGCUUACGAUGUCUGCAGCAACGAGCACACAGCCGCUUGCUUGGUCCACUUGUGACACUUGUGGCUGAGAUGCUGGUGCGAUGCAUCCCCAGCAACCUCGUGGGCACAUGGCAGUUCACUUUGUGGAAAUUCUAA